GGAGUCAAUCUUGUAUAGCUUAGACUGAACAUGGCGGUGGUGCUCAGCUCUGAUUCAUCGCUCUGAUUACAUACAAAGCAGUUGUUAUGGUGUUAAACCUAUCAAGGCUUUGUCAGAACAUUACUCCAUUCAAUUUAUAGCGCGUCCGUGAAUUUAAGAGUGAAGUCCAUGUUUUUUUCGUGGUAUAAAUAGUGAGAGGAGAGUGUAGUUCAGUAAGUUCUUCAAGUGUAUGCUGCAUGCUAAACGAUAAUCCGCUCUAGCUUUUUAAACUUAUUAAAAUAUUUAAUUCGGAUCAUGUUUUUAAAAUUUGCGAAAUUAAAUAAUGAAAAUAUUCAUGGGUAUGAUAAAGACGUAAUUUUGCUGACUAAUAGGAAGCGAUUUAUAUUACAUUACGCAUUUCGCUGGGAAAAAAAUAAGCGAUGCCAGGUUUUUUAAAGUUUUUUAUUCCGCAGCAUUGUUUUCCUUGUGAAGUUGGUAAAUAAAUUAAAAAUAUAUCUUAUGUCAUUGUCAUGUCGCUACUGUCAAUGUAGCUUUGAUAAAUCAGUGAUAGAUACUUUUUACUAAACAAUUUACAUUUCUGAAAAGCUCUAGUCCCGUCUUUAGUUGAUCCAGCUCUUUAACUUUAUUAUUCAUAAUAAUUGGCCUAUCUAAUUAUAAAUUUUAAAAAUUAUUGUUAGUCCCGAUUUUGCUUGGGCUUGAAUUAGCUUGUAAUCAUAAUCCCUUUUUGAGCCUUGGUCUGAAUCUGAAGUCUGAAUAACGUGUGUGUAGCCUAGCCUACCUAAGUAGGCUACAUUGAGUAAAUGAUAUUGAUACAUUUUAAAUGCAUUUACAUUUUCAUUUUAAUUAUCAUUUAACAUUUAAAUGCUAUUGCACACUUUUUAAUUAUUAUUUAACAUUUUAAAACUGAAAAAUACAGGAUAACCGUUUCCAUACCAGUAUAUGACUUAAUCCAUGCCCACCUUAGCUUUUAUUAAAAAAUAAAAUUUAUAAUAACAUUAAUAUUAAUUACCGUAUUAUUAACCAAAGUUGGGGUAACAACUUUGCGACCAAUCAUAUCUUAUAUAAUCAAAAUCCUGAUCUGAGGCGUUGAAUUCAUUUAAAAUAAUUACUUUUCUUAGUUUUUUAAAAAUUGAAUGUUUUGUUAUUAAUAGGUACAACAACAAAAAACAGCUUAUUGUAAGGUAUAUUAUAUUAUAUUAUUAGUAUUGUAACUUUCUGUGCUCAAUAUUAUCAUAAUUUACUUAACUCUUAACACAGUUCUUUUCUUUCUUAUUUUUCAGGUGCUACAGCCUACAAGAACCCAAAUUUCACGACUUUCCAAUCACCUUGAACAUUUCCUGUUUCCUACUCGUUUAAUUUACUUGCAGUUCCACCCGCCCUUGAUCUGAGAAUAAAUGCUCAUCCCAGACAUCAGCUGUUCGGCGCACCUAUCUACACAGAUAGCAGCCUCUCCUUGCACCACCGCCCACAGUAAAUUUCAGACUCGUGACCCCCUCACCACAUUGCAUAAACAGAAUACUCAGUGACCAUUAGUCUCUUCAACACACUACAUAUGCAGCAUUAGCUUCUUUCAACCUAUUUUAUCCCCGUCCAUUCACUCUUCCUCACUAAAGACACGGUCAGGAUGAGCAAAACAUUUAUCCUGAAAAGAAACUCAUCUCCUGAUUCAAUGGUAACACCCAGGACUCCAGAAACUCGGUAAUUUACCAACUUAAUGUAGCUCAUAUAUGAGGUCGUCCAUAAAUGACAUCAAACAUCUAAAGGGGAAUGGUGGGGUCAUGAAUUUAUCAUGAUGUAUUUGAGAGUGUUUAAAUUUUGUGGUGUCUCCAAAUCUACAACAAUUAGUGUGAUGUCAGUAAUGAAGGUCCCUAUGUUAAUAUAAAUAUAAUUUAUUGGAUUUGCAGUCAAACACUCUUGCUUCGAGUUUUGCUUGUAGCCUAUAAAUGAUCCAUAAAAAGUUUUUUAAAGAAAUAAGGGAAUAAUAAUUGUUUUUCUUUUUUUUUUUCCCAAUUGCCUUUACUAUUUUUUUGUUAUAGUAUUAUUUUUUUCAUGUUCAUAACUAAAUUUUUUUGGGUAGUUACUUAACAUGCAAUUAUCAUUCUUUUUUUUUUUUUUUUUAAAUGCAAUUUUUUUAUUAUAACAGUUCAUAUUUCAUGUCAUAACUUUUCCCAAGAUUUCUUCUAAUUAUAUAUAAGUUAGACCUAAUAAGUGCUAAACAAAACAAAAUAUUUUGUUAAACGAUUUUUUUAUUUUUUUUUUUUUUAUUUUUUUUUUUUUUUUUUUUACAUUUUUUUUUUUUUUUUUUUUUUUUUUUUUUUUUAAAUGCAAUUAUUUUAUUAUAACAGUUCAUACUUCAUGUCAUAACUUUUCCCAAGAUUUCUGCUAAUUAUAUAUAAGUUAGACCUAAUAAGUGCUAAACAAAACAAAAUAUUUUGUUAAACGGGACUAUUAAAUCUUAUCCAAAUCAUCUUUUUUUAAAACUUGCUUUUAAAUUUUGAAUAAAUAUCAUCAGGGUAAAAUUAAAGUUUAAUUUUUUUUUUUUUGCUGCAGCUACUUCCCUUUACAUUUAAUAAACACCUUUUGGCUAAUUAUAAAACAUUUAAUGACGCUUAAUUGAUAAAUUUAUAAAAAAUAAACAAACUAUAACUGAAUACAGAGCAUCUUGUUUUUAUAAGUUUAUUGUAUUAUGCACACACAAAAAUUACACAAAUUUAUUAGCAAUUUAAAACUUUUCUCUUUAAUCUUGCAGAACAAAAUCAUUGCCAAGGGAGUCCUCCAUCAGUUACACAAAACCUUAUCACAGAUCAGAGUUUGGCAUAGAUGUAGGUAUUUUAAUUAAAUUGAAUCUUAAAGUAAUAUAUUACUCCAGAAUCAAUAAAUAUUAUUUUCUUAAAAUGUUUAGUUUGGAUGUAACUACAAAAAAUGUACAUAAGGAAAUUUAUUAAAGAGCUAAGCAAAACCAAAUAUUUAGUUAUGUUUUGUUAUAUGGAUUAAAUAAUUAUUGUGAAGAGAGAGAUUAUAAAAAGAAUUAUUUAUUGAAAUUUAACUUUUUAACAGCACAAGAAUAAAAAAUUUCAACUUGCCAAUUUUAUAAAUCAUUUUCAUAAAAUGCAUGCUAUUAUUAUAUAACGAUAUAUGUAUGAUAUAAUCUAUUAUUUAACAAUUUUGACAUACUGAAGUGAUAAAACAUGUAGAUAAGUUGUUAUGGAAAGAAGGCAUUCUAAGGAUUAUAUAAUACGUCCCAUUUCUUUUACUUCUUAGUUAUAAUUCCCCCAAAAUUGUAUUUUUAAAUCUUAACAACACACUUGUUAACCUUUCUGCUGUAUGGUGAAACAGAGAUUGAAAACAGCAGAUUAGAUUAUGUUUUUUAAAAAUGUCUUUAGUUAAUUCAAAAUACUAACAAUGACAAUUGUUUUAAGAAAACAAGAAAAUAAAUGUGUAAAUGUUUUGUCUCUAUGUUGUUUUAUAGGGUGGUAUGUCCAGAUGUCCUGUGCAUGAUACUCCUAGGUAAGUAACAAGAGUUAAAGCUGAAUUUUUAUAUAUAUCAAAUUGAAAUAUAUGAUCACUGUCAAAAUAUUCCAUCCUUAUGUCAAAUAUUUUGUUGUCUAAAUGCCUUAUGAUGCUAGCGACUAUUUCGAUGGCAUGUACUCCUUGGUUAUAACUCGGACUAGUGUGAUUGAAACAACACUAAAGGUUCAUGGUACAUAAUGCGUUUAUUUUGAUCGAACUAAAACAUCAAGUGGUUUCACAUUGAAGUUGAGACAUGAGAAUACAUAUUAUGCAGAACAAUAUUCUCUUCAGGUAAAAAGUCCCACAGCGAAUCUAACUAAAAAUACUAUCCUCUCUGUCGCUCACUUGAUCUCACCCUCACUCUCAAGAUCCCUAGUUCACUCUGCCACUCACAAUCGUUGUCUCCCCUUUUACCCCCCAAAUUUCACGCACCCAUCCAUGACUUGAAAACAGUUCACACUCGUUCACAUAACCCCAUUGUUACAAAUCACAACACACACAACCUCUGGUUUCAUGACCUUGACAAUCACCAUCUCAAGAUAUGUCUUUUACCUGUGAAAUGACCAAUAUGAUAUGUGCAUGCAUCAAAAUUUGAAUGAUUAAAAUUUUCAAUGAGAUAAAGUUGCCUGCCAAAUUUAAACUUCCAGGACUUGAGGGAGUUGAUUAAAAAUGGCCCUUUAAAGUUCAUACAAAUAGACAAUUCUCAUUUCAAGUUAAUUGAAGUAGCAUCUUUUUCUUUUGUUCUUAAAAAUACAUAAUCAUUACUACUAGGCCUACAUAUCAACUGAAUUUUCAGAUCUGUUACUACAUCACCAAGACUAACCAGAGACAAUACCUACCACAUACAUGGGAAAAACGUUACCAAACGCUUCAACAAUAUGCAGAACUGGAAUACAAUCUACACAUCUAAGUAAGAAUGAAAAUGUCAAAGUAUAUAUAUAUAAAUAUAUAUAUAUAUACAGUUACAUAAUCCUUAACUCUCCUUAAUGGUCUCACAUAAAUACUCAUGUUUGGUAAUCUAGCUUUUGCAAAGCUUAAGACCAACUUAAGGUAAAAGGAGGUACCAUUUUUUGAAACGUGGCUGACUGGUUUGUAUAGAUUUGGAUAAUUCUUCUUCUUGAAAACUGGCUAUUGUUUCUUUGGCAAGGAUGCCCAGUUAUCAGAUGUCUGAUUUGGAGGCAAGUGGCCCUAGCACACCAAAGUCUAGUAAACAUGGGACAGUUGGAAAACACAAGGAUCUAAAACGGAAGAUGGUUUUUGAUCUGCACAAAGAGAUCAAGAAAGGAAUCAACACAACUUCACUUGAGGAAAUUUCAGAUAUGGAGAGGUUAGAGCCUUUUAGAGCUAGACAUUUAUUAUUUCAAUCUAAUUUUCAUCUCAGAAUUUUGUCAAUGAAAGAAAGAAGAAAUUUUAAAAAGUAUUAUACCCUUUAAAUUUAAAAAAAUUUUGUGAUUUGAAUUGUUGGUUCUUAAUAGUUUAUUGUCUAAAAAUUAAUAACUCUUGUCUAAAAUUACCCUCUUUAAUUAUUUUUUUUUUGGUUGUUUUAUUGAAAAAACAUAUUAUAUUCAAGAAUGUUUAAAAACGGUAAGAUUUGAUGAGGUUGACAGUUAUGCUAUCACUCUGCCACAGGAUAACAGAGAUCUGUUUGGCUACUCUUAAAUCUAUGAUGGAUUCCAAGAAAUACAGGAAAUACCUUCAUCACAUGAACAACAAUGCAUUGGCUCCUCCUUUUGUAUUCUGCAGUGCCCCAAGGUGCUCGAGGAGUAACUUAAGCAACAAUGCGGAUGUAUGCAUCAGUUUGAAUGUAUACAUCUCUAAUGCCAUUAUUUAUUUUUGCUGCCAUUAUUUUUUAACAUCCAUUUUAAGUGCUUUUUAUGUUAACUUUUUCUAUGUUUACAGAUAUUUAUUUCUAUUUCUUCUCUGUCAUGCAUGAAAACUAUUGUUACCUAAUCAGUAUCUUUUAUUUUAAUUUAGUGUUUUCACAUUAUUUAUGCCCACAACCGUCUCCACAUAUUUUUGUCAAUCUCUUUAUAGCGGAGUAAAACAAAACUGUGUAAUCUUUUCAAGUUUAAACAAGAAAUUUGCUAGGCCUCAUUGUCUUUAAUCAGCUUUUAAUAUGAGAGAAUUUUGUAUGAGAAAAUUUUUCAAAUAGCUGCAGCAUCAUUAACUUGAAUGCUAUUUUUCUUAGGGACGAACAAAUAGUGAAAAACGUAAAGACUCUCUUCUGAAGAGCUCUUCAAGUGUUUUUGCGUAAGUGUUUCUUUCAUCAUAACAGAUAAUAUUGAUCACUUCAUAAACCACAUCUCUAAUCUAAUUAGAAAAGUUUCUGGCACAUAUAGUAUAUUUAUUUUAACAUUCUUCUGAUCUGUAAAUUUAUCAAGAUUUAUUUGCUCACUACAAUCAACAUAAAUAUCGUGGGGAUUUUUUUAAUCCAUAAUGGUUAUUGAUUAAAAAAUAAUAAAACUAGAAUAAUUACCAAUAAUCAUUUUUUAAAUAAGGAAAAUCUUCUGACUUGAAGCAAGUUGUUUUAAGUCAGUCAAUGACUGUUAAAUUCUUAUUUCAGUGUCUCAUUUGACUAAAUCACUUAAUAAUUUUUUUUUCUUAACCUAUACAUUACAGCCCAAAACACUUUAUUUGUCUUACAUAUUUACUGACUUUACUCUUCACCCUGCUCAGUACCUUUUUAGUUAUCAAAACCAUCUGUAUUUACAUACUUACUCAUUCAAUUUUCCCUUUUUAAUUCUCUUACCAAAGUUUCACCUUUAAAACAGGCGUGCAGAAAGCAAGAAACCAACUCAAGUCCAGACCACCCAAGCUAUGAUAGAGUCUGCCAGGUAAUUUUUAAAAACUUAAAAAUACAUAAAUUUUAUCCCAGUGAAUUGUACGCUUUCAAAUGUCCUUUUAAAACACAUGGAUGGCCAGUAUUUUGUAUGAAACAGUGAUUACGUACAAAAGGGGAAUUAUUUAGAAACCUUUAAAUUUUUGUGCAAUCCCCUUGAAAGCUUGGUGCAAGCACUGUCCUCUGUAAUUUUGAUGUCUACUGUCACGUUCUGGGACUCCUAAUGAUGUUUUACAGCCUUGUCAGUUUUUGUACCAUCCUUGUCAUGUUUUAUAGCCCUGUCAGAUUUGUACCAUUCUUGUCAUGUUUUAUAGCCCUGUCUGUUUUUUACAAUCCUUGUCAUGUUUUACAGCCCUUUUAGAUUUGUACCAUCCUUGUCAUGUUUUACAGCCCUGUCAGUUUUUGGACCAUUAUUCUCAUGUUUUACAGCCCUGUCAGUUUUUGGCCCAUUCUUGUCAUGUUUUACAGCCCUGUCAGAUUUGUACCAUUCUUGUCAUGUUUUAUAGCCCUGUCAGUUUUUGUACAUUCUUGUCAUGUUUUACAGCCCUGUCAGAUUUGUACCAUUCUUGUCAUGUUUUAUAGCCCUGUCAGAUUUGUACCGUUCUUGUCAUAUUUUACAGCCCUGUCAGUUUUUGUCCUCUUCCCAGUUAUAGUUUGUUAAUUACACUUAAAGUGUAUAUGAGUAAUAUUUAUUCAUCAGUUGUUGCAGUGAUACCAAACUUGUAGCGUCAGGGUCAUUUAAUUUGUGUUGAAACCAUUCAUGUAUUAAAAAAAAAAUGUGUUGUUUAAAAAACAAAUUUGCUUAUCUGUGCCGAAACAGAUUCAAAUAAUCAUCUAAAGAGCAAUCAUUAGACAAGAGAUCUUUGUGUAGUACUAAGGUCCUGUGUUGACUGGAAAAAUAUAGUCUCCAACUUUUAUAUGCCUUACAUUAAAUAUAAGCAUUCAAUUUAUUUUCCGUAGAACAAGGGCCACUGGAGGAAGGUUAGGUUACAUAUCGUAAGUAUGCUAAUUUUAAAAACUGAGUCAAAUUAAUUCAACUUGUUAAAUAUGAUAUGACUCACUUUCACAUAAAUUAAAAGAUCUUAAAGCUCAUUAACUGUGCUUUAUUUUUAAAAAAUCAUCUACAAUAGUAUGACAUCUUAAUGUGGAAUGACCAAACAUGAAAGAUAAACUGCGAUAAAAAUGCUUUGCAGGAAACAAGGAGUAAGUUUAUUUCUUUGUAUAACUUUAUUGAGUGCCUAUUUAUUUGAGAAUUAUUGUAUUAGUUUGUUUAAAAACAAAUUUAUUUUUUUUUAAGUGUACCCGGAGUUGGACGUAUCUUAAGGUAUACAAUGAAUUCAUUUUAAAGUCUCAUUUUGUUUUGUCUUUAUAUUUUAUUGAAAUCACAAUUCUAUAACAUGUUUUUAUUUCUAUUGGACAAUCCAAUCAAACAAAAAGCUUGAAUACAUAGUCAGAUGAUUGUUUUCUUCUGGGUUUAAUUAGAGGUUAUGGCGAUGGGGAUACCAAAGCAAGAGACAUUAUCUUUAUUAUGGUCUUUUCCCAAAAAACAUUUCUUUAUUCUUUGGGUUUGGAUUGUUAUAUUAUUCAAUUAAAUAUUUGACUCUGAAUUACAUUUAAAAAAAAAAAAUAAUAUUUCAAUUUACAUUGAAACGUUUUGGGAUUUAAAAGUUUGAGAGCGUCCAGAUUUCAUUAUUUCUACAGUUCGGAUGUAUGAGAGCGUCCAGAUUUCAUUAUUUCUAGAAUUCGAAUGUAUGAGAGCGUCCAGAUUUCAUUAUUUCUAGAGUUCUGAUGUAAAUAUUUUAAAUUCUGGAUUAUUUAAAAUAAAUUAAUGCAGUGGUUUUAUAGUUAUAGUCCAUUAAAGUUAAGAUCUUAAUAAAUGUUCACUUUCUUAUCAUAGGAUUUUUAAAAUAUGUUCCUGUUGUUAAGAACUUACAUAAUGAUAUUUGUUAAAUGUCACAGGAGAUAAGUAAUACUUAUAACAAUUUUUAAAAUAUUCCUUUCUGUUUUAACAUUUGGAUAGCUUCUUGUGUACAUAUAUUUACAUUUUUCAGAUCAAAGGAAACAGAUGACUCAAAGACAAGAAAACUUUCUGGCAUAAAUUAUAUGGGUUUGUUUGUAUUUCAUAACUUAUUUAUUGAUUACCCAUUGUCUGAAUUGUGGAAAUGAUUAGAACUUAGUAUCUUAACCCAAUCACUUGAUCUGGUAUUUUUACAUAAUCUUUGAGCCAAUAAACUUGCUCUUUAUACCCCCACCAAAAAAAGGCCACAAAUGUACUGAGUAAUUUUCCAUAAAGUAGUUCUUGCCAAAAGCCUCCCCUCCAAAAUGAGAGCAUCUGACAUAUAGCAUAAAGCAUAUAGUCAACGUCCAUGAAUUUGAUGCAUUGGCCACAUGUUGGCUUUCUUGAAAGUAAGAGUAUACAUUGUUCUGUUCUCAUCUGAGUAUAUUUUAAGUCUGCUAGUUAAAAUGUUUUUCCCAAUUGCAGCAAUGAAUAUUUAUUUUUUCAAGUUAAAGGAAUUCAUAAAGAGUUAAUGGUAAACUAAACAUCCUCAGUCCUUCAUUUUCUUGUAUCACUCGCCAAGUAAAAUACAAAUAAAAUUAAUUUGUUGGUCUAAUUUUAUAUUUUACCGGAAUCUCUUUUCCAAAUUUUAGGAGCCAAUUCCUCAAGAUCAAGGGAUACAGAUGUUGGGUUGUAUAUAGUAAGUUUUAGCCCUCUAACUCCUUACAACAGCAUUAAAUUUUACGCUUUCAUUUUCAUGCAUUACAAAAAUACUUGAGUACGGUCCAUUAAUCUUUGUAUAGCAAAAAUACUUUUUAUAUUUUAUGUAUUCAGAACAAACCCGAUCACCAAUCCCAUGUUUAUAAUGGUCAUGAUCAAUUAUCGACAGAUGAGCUAACAAUAUAUAUAAAUAAUUUUAAUUGAUACCCUACAAUUAAAUAUCUAAUUUUUUUAACAUUUUAUUCUAAACUUUGCAUUUACCAAAAAUGAAUCCUUUCAUCAUCAGGUCUAUCCCUAACAUACACAAUAUGUUAUUUGGUCAAAAUCUGUAUUCUGUUUUUUUGCAUACUUAUCUUAUCACAAGUGUAUGUUAUGUAGAGAUUUUUUAUAAGAAAAGAAAAAUAUGAGACAUGAAACAAAUGACAGGCAUUCUUUUUUAUAUUUAAUUUAGUCAUUGACUGACCUUUAAGUCCAAACAAACAUGUGUAUCAAAGAAAUUACAAAAAAAUCUAGCUAGAGACAGGGUAAAUUAAAAUUAUUCAGGGAUACCCUAAAGCUAGAGCACCAUUAUGCAAGCGAGUCAAUAUUUUAAAGCUAUCAGUCCACUGACUUUAUUUAUGUCUCAGAACCGAGAGGACAAUGCUAAAACUCUGAGGAUCAUGGCUGAAAUUCAAGCCCAAAUGUUGAAACAAGAAGAAGAUGAUCGAAUGUCCAACUCGAGUGGAAGAAUGUAAGAGUUUUUUUGUUUUUUUUUACAAUUUAAAAAAAAAAUAAUAAUAAUAAUUUACGGGUCAUAUAGUAUAGUAAAAUAUUGAGAAAUGAAAAAUCAAUAGCCAACCUAUUUCUCAUUAAUUAUAAAACUAGGAUUUUGAUUAGAUUGGAUGCCACCUGAGAGACCCCUUAACUAUCUGUCUUCAGAUGGUCUUUGGUUUAGAAAUUAUGUCUUAACAGUGAUUUAUUUACUCAAGGAGCAAUUCUUUUCCCCAGCCUUGCUUCUAAAACUUUAAAAAAAUAUAUAUUUGUUUUUAAAUUAUUCUUUUUUUCUAACAGGGCUGAUAUACCUCAGAAACACACACUUCCACUAAUGACACCUGAAGAGGCUCUUGCUUGUAAAUGGCUUCGACUAACCCCAGUAUUUAUUAUUUGUAUAUUUUGUUCACAUAUAAAUAAAAUAAUUAUGUUGUCUCUUUCUUGUCUAAACAUAACAGCAUAUUCUCAUGUUUUUUUCUUUAUCAAUACCCGGUAUUUGAAAUGAGUAGCACCCAAUAGUGUCGAUGUUAGUUCCCAAUUUAUAAAAAGUUAGCAAACUUCUGUAUGCUGGUUGCAAGCACUGAUAAAACUAAUCACUGCAAAAAAUAAUAUUUUAUUUCAGCCCAUUUUUCUCAGGGCUUUUUUCAGGGUCAUUUGUAUAACUUUCACCCAUUCUAGUUCUAGGUUAUGCUUUACUAUAAGUCUACUAACUCCCUAAUCACAACUGUUACACAGUCUUAAUCAUAAGUGCUGACAUUUGACACGCAGCCUUAAUCCCAUGUCAUUAUUUUGAUCUGCUUUACAGCAACAGGUAGCUGUUCUGGAAGAAUUGAUUCGACAAAGAGGUUUAGAUCCUGGCAUCCAUGAGCAUUCGCAGUUAAAUGAUUAUGAUGUGUUUGCUGAGAUUCGCAAGCUAAGGUAUUAUCAUUGAUUUGUUGAUGCAUGCUUAACUUAAAUGCUAUACAACUACAUUGAAAGUAUUUAGAAUUGUGGACAUAAUUGAAGUAGAUUGGCCUCUAUUUAAUCCAAUGACUACCAUAAGGUAAGUAAGUACCAGAAACCACUAUUAUUAUUUUUCUGGUAUAAAACAACCCUCAUUCUGUUAACUGGCCAGCUUUUUUAUAAUUUUAUAUGUCCUUAAACAUAGUUUUAUUUUAAAAAUCUAUGAUGAGGCUCACUUCUCUAGAUUUUAUGAGUGCUGAUGUAUGAAUGAGACACGUUGACCAUUCCCAUUUCUUUGUCAAUUCAUUUUUUAAAAAUUUCCCUCCAGACUUGAAGCUAAUUCUGAAAAUGAAAACGUCACUUUUAUUCUGGAGGAGGAAGAUGAAGAAACUGACGAUGUGCAUGUGCGAGCAGCAAGGCAUUGAUUUUCAGAACAUUUUUUAAAAUAAAAUACUUGAGCUAUGAAAACAGGUCAGCACUCACAUGUCCAAUGUGCUCAAUCACUUUACCAUCUAGACACGCAUUGACAGCUCUAAAUAAGCAUGAGUUUAUACAAAAGCAUGAGUUUAUACAAGAGGUUUUUCUGUAGAAUAGGAGAUGAUUGAGUUAACCUAGAACAGAAGCUGUACGUUAUACAGUGGAACCUUUCAUAACGAGCACCUCUCAUGAGUAAUUUGCAUAACGAGCAAAAAAAAUUUGAAGAAGUUGCUCCCUUAACGAGCGAUAUUUCGCAUAACGAGUUACGCAGAAAGGGGAAGUCCCUUUUCCUGAUAUUCAUUUGUGAGCCGGGACUUCCGCACCGAUGCAUUAGUCCAGUGGUUCUCAAUCUGUGGGUCGAGACCCCUUUGGGGGUAGCGCGGCCCUAUCCCAGGGGUCGCCUUAGACUAACUGAAAACACAUAUUCUUACAGCUAUGAAGUAGCAACGAAAAUAAUUAGGUUGCUGGGGUGUCGCCAAGACACGAGAAACUGUAUAAAAGGGUCGCGGCACUAGGAAGGUUGAGAACCAUUGCAUUAGUCUGUGUUUAGCACUCGUCUGUUUUCGUGUGUGAUCACCAUUUAUUACAAAUCUUGUAUUCAGACAGUAUUCGUAAUUUUUUUUAUGUGCUAAGUGUAAUAACCUAUGCUAAAAUGUCUUCAAAAAAAAAAACACAAGACAAUCAUAAAAGGGAAAAAUAACUGUUGAAAUGAAACGUAAAAUCAUUGAAAAGCAAGAACAAUGUGUGAGUGUGGCUCUUCGUGCAUCAAAUUUAUUCAAUGAUAAUGCUGUGACACAUUUUCGUCAAAUUUUGAAUCGUCGGCAAAAACAAAUGUCAUUAAGACAGUUUUCUAGUUAAAAAGGAUUAAUUAUUUGUCAUAAAUUCAUAUUUUUAUUUACGUUUUUUGUUUCAAAUCUAAAUUGUAUUCCAAGUUGUUACACUCCUUAACAAUUCAUAAGUAGUUUUAUUUGAAUAAAUGUUAAUACAAUUUUUUGAAAAAUUAGUAUUUUUUCAGCAUUAUCGUAUUUUACAUUGAUUUGUAUGGGAAAAAUUGUUUCAUUUAAUGAGUGUUUCGCUUAACGAGUAAGAGUCUGGAAUGAAUUAAACUCAUUAUGAGAGGUUUCACUGUAUUUUCUUUUUGUAUGUCCUUCUGGUAUCAGUAAUUUUUGUGAAAAGGUUAUAAUUUAUUUGAUGGAGAAAGUCGUGAGAGUGUUUUAGUAUGGUCAACUAGUAAAGCAUGAAUAGUCUGUAGAGAAACAAAAAUAUGGAAUAAAAGAGAAACCUUUGUUUGUAAAGGUAUACAACUUUAAUCUGUAAAAUGUUGAUGAUCAGUCUAAGUCUAACAAAGACUUUAAAAAAUUAUUUUUUAAAAGUAAUCUUUCAUUGCCAAUACUAUUGGCCCUUACAUAUGCAUUGACAUAAACAUUUUUUAUUUGUUAGGUUAAAAAGUCCCAGUGAUCAAGUAAAAAGCAACAUUACCAUUGGUGAAAAGAGAAAAAUGACUAAUGACCUGGAGAAUUAAAUUUUUUAUUGAACAAAACAAGGAGUCCCUUGGUAAUGAGAGAGAUUUGUGGAAAUGAAAUAAAAUAUUUACUCAUGUGGUGACCUAAAUUCUUCCUGUUUCAUUUGUUAUUUGUUAUUAUUAAGAACGUAACAAUGAUUCUUUAAAAAAAAAAAAAAUAGGUGUAGGCAUCUGCAUGUAUGCCCCACUCAUCUUUAUUAUAAG